UCUACUGUUUUGUCAACUGUAAAGUCACUCCUCAGUCUUGCUGUGUACUCUUUUGCUCUUCUAUCCUCGCUUUAUACACGCCUGGUGUUUGUGAAAUGGACUCAAUAUCUUACACCGUCGGCUCAAAGAGAAGAGCAUUGACUGUGACAUAUUGAUCAUGACUGUUAAGCAAGGAAUUUCACGGUUUUAUUCGUUGUUACUGUCUGGAUUCUGUGAGAUGCGUAUGCAAGUGGUUUUUCUUGUUCUUGGUCUGAAAAUAUAGUAGCUCUUGUGGACGUGUAGUUUGCAGAGCUGAAGUUACGGCAAUGGCUUCACCUCCCAACUUUCUCUUUGUUUGUAUCCCACAUUCUUGCUACUAGUGCAGUUGUUCUGCUGUUACUAUGUGAGAAUUUCAGAUUUCUCUUACAACUGUUGGAUUUUCUGACAGGAUUCAUUGCUGAUUACGCUAGAGUGACAUUUGUAGUAACGGAUCUGAUCUUGGAAAUCUUGCGACAUCAAUGAUGGGAUCAGAGGGAAGUGAAAAGAAUUUGGUGGUGACUCAAAUAAGUGUUGGAGGGUUUGAUGAUUAUGUCACUGCAAAAAUGCUUUUAGACUAUUUUGAGGAUAAUAUUGGAACUGUGUGGAGGUGCAGAUUGAAGACUUCCUCUACCCCUCUUGAAUCAUACCCUGCUAAUGAUAUUGACAGUAACCACGUACAAAGAAAAAGUGAUUAUGAAAGAGUGAAACCUCAUGCUUUCGUCCAUUUCGCUAGUUCAGAAGCAGUGCAGUGUGCUCUGGAUGCUGCAGGGCGUGGUGAACUAACAUUGGGCAUGAAACCUCUGAAGGUUAGCCUGGGCCCUGAAAACCCCUAUCGGAUGAAUGAGAGGAGGAGAACCAUAACACCUUUCCGGCUGUCUAAUGUUAGCCCUGAGAUUGGGGUCUUGGUUAGUCACGAUGAAUUUGUUGUUGGUUGGAGGGGACCUCCUAAAGCAUUUGAUUUUCUAGUCGAUCCCUUCAAUGGGAGUUGCAGACUACUAUUUACUAGGGAUACUGAUUUCUCUUUUAAAGGUGAAUCCAAGUAUGCAGUAAUAAAAUGUAAUUUCAAAGUUGAGUUCUUGGUGCGAGAAAUCAAUGCAAUAAGGCAAUACCGAUAUUCUUCAGGUUUUGUAAUCUUGUUACAGUUGGCUUCAUCUCCUCGUAUUCAUUAUAGAACUGCAGAUGAUGAUAUUGAAGAAUCCGUUCCAUUUGAUUUGUUGGAUGAUGAUGAUCCCUGGAUACGCACUACGGAUUUUACACCUAGUGGGGCAAUUGGUAGAUGUAACAUAUACCGCAUUUCAAUUCCUCCUCGCAACGGUGGAACCCUCGAAAGGGCCUUGGUGUAUCUUAAACAGUCCAGGGUUCACGUACAAUACAUGUCUCCUGCAAAUAAGCUGCUUAUAAAAGAUGAACCUGACUUUGGAAUGGCCUCAUCAGAUCCUUUCUUUUGUAUCCAGUACAAGCAAGGCAUAACCUUUAAGGUAUUAUUUUUGGUCAACGCCGUCAUGCACAAGGGCAUAAUCAAUCAGCAUCAGAUGUCUGAUAGGUUUUUUGACUUGCUGAGACUUGAAUCGGAAGAAGUCAAUCUAGCAGCAUUAAAGCACAUAUAUUCUUACAAGUGGCCAUUAUUUGAUGCUUCCAAGAAGCUGGAAUCUGUCCAGCAGUGGCUGCACAAAAACCCCAAGCUUACUGAGAGACCUAAACAGUUGGAUGAUAUCGUUGAAGUUAGAAGGGUGAUCAUUACGCCAUCCAAAGCUUACUGUCUUCCACCUGAAGUGGAACUGUCAAACAGGGUCCUCAGACAUUAUAGGGACAUUGCUGAUCGAUUUUUAAGGGUUACAUUCAUGGAUGAAGGCAUGCAGACAUUGAAUAAGAAUCUUUUAAGUUAUUAUGCUGCUCCUAUCGUUUGGGAUGUCACUUCCAAUUCUAACCUCCAGAGAACCUCAAUGUUUAAAAGGGUGAAAGAUAUCUUGAGUAAUGGAUUUUAUAUAUGUGGGCGGAAGUACUCUUUCUUGGCUUUCUCAGCUAAUCAGUUGAGGGAUCGUUCUGCCUGGUUUUUUGCUGAAAACAAGAAUGUUAGAGUAGCCAAUAUCAUAAGUUGGAUGGGGAGGUUUGCUGACAGGAAUGUUGCGAAAUGUGCUGCUAGGAUGGGACAGUGCUUCUCAUCCACUUAUGCUACAGUGGAAGUUCCACCAAGUCAGGUUGACUCAGAACUCCCUGAUAUAAAGAGAAAUACUUUUGUUUUCUCUGAUGGGAUUGGAAUGAUGACGUCUGACCUAGCAGCUGAAGUAGCAGAGCGAUUGCGCUUGACUGAAAAUCCACCGUGUGCUUAUCAGAUUAGAUAUGCAGGUUGUAAAGGUGUCGUUGCGUGUUGGCCAUCCAAAACUAAUGGGCAUCGUCUCUACCUCAGAGAAAGCAUGCGCAAGUUUGAUUCUACCCACACAAUACUUGAAAUUUGUUCUUGGACUCGAUUUCAGCCUGGAUUUCUGAACCGGCAGAUAAUCACUCUUCUAUCUGCCUUGGGUGUCCAAGAUAAUAUAUUCUGGAGAAUGCAGGAAUCUAUGAUAUUGAGAUUGAAUCUGAUGCUUGAGGACACAGAUGUAGCUUUUGAUGUCGUUACUGCUUCAUGUGCUGAGCAAGGAAAUACGGCAGCAAUAAUGCUAAGCGCUGGAUUUAAUCCUGAAACAGAACCUCAUUUGCGAGGUAUGUUAACUAGUGUAAGGGCUGCUCAGCUUGGAGACCUUAGGGAAAGGGCUAGGAUCUUUGUUGCAUCUGGAAGGUGGUUGAUGGGAUGCUUGGAUGAGCUAGCUGUGCUUGAACAAGGCCAAUGCUUUAUCCAGGUGUCAGGCCCUUGUUUGGAAAAUUGCUUUUUCCGCCAUGGAUCUAAAUUUUCAGAGACAAAGAAAAAUCUACAGGUGAUCAAGGGUCUUGUAGUAAUAGCAAAAAAUCCUUGUCUGCACCCUGGAGAUGUGCGGAUUCUAGAGGCUGUAGAUGCCCCUGAGUUGCGGCAUCUUACUGAUUGUUUAGUCUUCCCUCAGAAGGGAGAUAGACCGCAUGCAAAUGAAGCUUCAGGAAGUGACCUGGAUGGAGAUCUUUACUUUGUUACUUGGGAUGGUAAUCUGAUCCCCCCUAGUAAAAGGAGCUGGAUGCCAAUGGAUUAUGCAUCUGCAGAAGCUAGAAAAUUGCCUCGUGAAGUGAAUCAUCCGGACAUUAUUGACUUCUUCUCCAAGAAUAUGGUUACAGAAAGCCUGGGUGCAAUAUGCAAUGCCCAUGUUGUCCAUGCUGACCUUAGUGAAUAUGGAGCACUGGACGAGAAGUGCAUUAAAUUGGCAGAGCUUGCUGCAACAGCAGUUGAUUUCCCCAAAACUGGAAAAAUUGUGAAUAUGCCAUCUGAAUAUAAACCAAAAAUGUAUCCUGACUUUAUGGGUAAAGAAGAUUUUCAGUCAUACAAGUCAAAAAAGAUUUUGGGUAAGUUGUAUCGCCAAGUCAAAGACGCCUGUGAUGAAGGUGAGGCUGCAACAUCUGAUUUAACAUUUCCCUCAAAUAAAAUUCCUUAUGACACAGACCUUGAGAUACCUGGUUCCGAGGUGUUCAUCGAGCAUGCAUGGAAUACCAAGUGUUCGUACGAUGGACAGUUGAAUGGUCUGUUGGGACAAUACAGAGUGAGCAGGGAAGAAGAGGUUGUUACUGGUCAUAUAUGGUCAAUGCCCAAGUACAGUAGCAAAAAACUCGGUGAUCUGAAAGAGAGGCUUAAGCAUGCUUAUAAUAACCUACGAAAGGAGUUUAGGAGAGUUUUUGAGCAAAUGGAACCUGAUUUUGAGCUCCCUACUGAUGAUGAGAAGAAUGUUAUGUAUGAAAAGAAGGCUUCGGCAUGGUAUCAGGUAACAUAUCACCCUACUUGGUUGCAAAGGUCGCUGGAGUUACAACUUCCAGAUGGUGUUGAGGAGACAGUUAUGUUAAGCUUUGCUUGGAUUGCUGUUGAUUAUCUUGCCCAGAUCAAAAUUAGGUGCAGGGGGUCGUGGAAUCUUGACUCCUCAAAGCCAAUUGAUUCGCUUGGGAGAUACCUUUCUGAUAAGAUAUGAGUGAAAAUCGGUGAGCUUGACACACUUGCAUCUGUGCAUCACAAUGAGGUUUACUGGUUUACUUUGACUGCUGGUUCUACAACAGGCUUCCUAUGUCAGGGAUAUCUUAUUUGCUGAUGGUCCUUCCUCUUUACAGUACCUGAUGGCAUUAAAAUCUCAAUAGGCAUUGUUUCUUCUUUACUUGGAAGAAUUUGCAACUUCUCCAUUCCUGCUUUGUUCUCGUGACUUUCGUUGCAGUUUACUGCAAGUGGUGGAGGAGGUCAAUCUGCUCUUACUCUCAGUAGUCUAAAUAAACUCAUAUCUGCAUUACUCAAUACUGAGACAGUAUGGUCUUUCCAGCUCAACAUAAAAGAUUGUGUUGUUUCAUUUUGCUGUUAAAGCUAGGUGGCUUUGUAUGCUCAAAUUAGUGAAGUUUGAAACUUUGGUGCAGCACAAGUGAUGAAGUCUUAUUAUGUAACUUAUAGCCUGUUCCUCGUAUUGUACUAUUAUUUCUAAAUUGAGAGUGAAAAAUCCAUCUCAUUUUCCAAGUC